AUGUCGCGGGGCGACUAUGAACGCCUUCCAAUGUACGCGUCUUCCGAAUCAUUACCCCGUCAACGCUCAUCUGCGUCCUCCGCGCCUUCUUUACCCACAACGCAAUUCUUUCCUUCACCUCCGGCGCGCUCACUAAGGUCCCGCACUGGUCACGUACCGAAAACUUCACGAUUUAUCCCCAAACCACGUACAAUUACAACAUUUAUCAAGUUCGCCCUGCCAACAGCCCUAUUGAUCGUACUAGCCGGAUUAUAUCUCUACGAACCCCACAUAGAAAUCUCUUUCUACCCUCGGAAGUGGAUUCACCAGGAAAUUGAACAUAUAGCGCCACUUGCGGGGUGCUUCGACCCAGCUCACGUCAGCCCGAAAUAUAAUUUAUCUGCCUACGCGUACGGGCCUAGACGAACGGAGGUGCAGGCGGGCAUGCCACUUAGAUUGGGAAUGGACUGUUAUGAUUUUGCCGGAACGAUACAAAAGCAACCCAAUACCGCUCGCGGGAAUACUAACCGCGUGCCACCCGAAGAACGAACACAAUUCCACACUUACUGGAGAAACGAUCUCGCGCCUUUCGGUCCUCGUCAAGAAUGGAUGCUAAAAUCUUUUUUCGCAACGCAGGACGUGGAAUCGACCCGCUUGAUCUUGUGGUCAAAUGGGGAUUUGAGCUCAAAUGAUAUCCUCCGAACAUACCUUCGACGAUAUCCCGAUACGUUCGCCUUGAAAAUCGUGGAUAUCCCGGACCUCGCCAAGGGGACGGAGCUGGAAGGAAGCGAUCUUCUGACUAGAAAAGACGCCAAGGCCUGGAUAGACGGAGAUUUGAUUCGUCUUCUCCUUCUAUGGAAUUAUGGCGGAGUCUGGGUCGACAUGGACUCACUGUUGACGCGAGAUUUGGAGCCUCUGCUGGAACACGAGUUCGUCACGCAAUGGGAUUGCUAUGACAAGAUCUAUCUCCCUCUUAACGGGGCCCUCAUGCGAUUCCGCCAACAUUCACCCUACCUCUGCGAAGCCUUCCACGUGAUGGCCACCUCCGCCCCUCCUCGAUCAGGCUCGACCGACUGGGGUGCCCUUCUGUACUUCAAAGUCUGGCGGCGGCUGAUCGCAGAAAACGUGCCCCCGUUCAAAAUCCUUCCAUUCUGCUUCAGCGAUGGGCGGUCAUGUAGGCUCGACAAUCGACUACCGGAUCCCUUCACCCCAGAUGCUAAAGAUGGCAAAUGGACGAUGGGGCUGGGAAUGGAAGAAGGUGGCGGGCUGGAUAAGGUCCUUGGGAAGAUUUUCGGGGUCCACCUUCAUAACCAAUGGGAAAAGGCCUAUCCGGCUGGUGGAUGGGUGGAACGGCUGCUCUUAAAAAGAUAUGACGUCAAGCUGGGUACUAGGGAGAAGGACGAGAUCUGA